GGCACCGUGCGCCCACAGCCGGCUCCUGUUGCGCCGCCGGUGCCCUCGCUGCGCCGGCCCUCCCACCGCCCUAUAAAGCCGGGCGGGGGGAGCGCCCGUGGCUGUGCCCGCCGCGGAGGAGGAGCGCUGUCCGGCCGCAGCUGUCCCCAGGCUCCUUUCUCCCCUCUCGUUUUCCACGGCCGCCCCUUUCCCCGGCUGUCGGGGGCUGGCGGUGCGGAGGGCGAAGAUGGCGUGGAGCGGCUCCCGGUGGCCGCGGCUGCUGCUGCUGUCGCUGCUGGCCCUGGCGCUGCGGGCGGCGGCGGAGCGGCGCCCCGGCCCCGCAGAUAAACUACUAGUCUUUACAGUAGCAACUAAAGAAACUGAUGGCUUUCACCGUUUCAUGCGRACUGCAAAGCAUUUCAACUACACAGUAAAGGUUCUUGGAAAAGGUGAAGAGUGGAAAGGCGGUGAGCUGCCCAACUCUAUUGGCGGAGGGCAGAAAGUUCGUCUGCUGAAAGAAGGCAUUGAAAGCUAUGCUGAUCAGGAGGACUUGGUUGUGCUGUUUGUGGAAUGCUAUGAUGUUAUCUUUGCCGGGGGCCCUGAAGAACUACUAAAGAAAUUUCGGGAAGCUAAUCAUAAAGUGGUCUUUGCAGCAGAUGGACUGAUUUGGCCCGAUAAAAGGCUGGCUGACAAGUAUCCUGUUGUCCGRAGUGGAAAACGAUUCCUGAGCUCAGGAGGAUUUAUUGGUUAUGCUCCAUCUAUAAAUCGUAUUGUGCAGCAAUGGAAUCUGCAGGAUAAUGAUGACGACCAGCUGUUUUACACCAAAAUCUACAUUGACCCAUUGGCAAGGGAGCGCAUUAACAUUACUUUGGACCACAAAUGUACAAUUUUCCAGACCCUAAAUGGAGCUGUUGAUGAAGUCCUUUUGAAAUUUGAAGAGGGAAAAGUAAGAGCAAGGAAUUCAGUGUAUGACACAUUGCCAGUCACGAUUCAUGGAAAUGGUCCAACUAAAAUUCACCUGAAUUAUUUGGGAAAUUAUAUUCCUAAUGCUUGGACACGGGAAACUGGUUGCAGUGUUUGUGAUUUAGACUUACUAGACCUAUCAACAGUAAAGGAAUAUCCAAGAGUAAAAAUUGGUGUUUUCAUUGAACAACCMACUCCUUUCCUAACUAAAUUUUUAGACAGACUGUUGACUCUGGACUACCCACGGGAGGCACUCAGUAUCUUCGUUCAUAACAAUGAGGUUUACCAUGAAAAGCACAUCAAGAAAUUCUGGGAAAAAGCCAAGAACAUUAUCAGAAAUAYUAAAAUUGUUGGACCUGAAGAAAACCUGAGUCAAGCAGAAGCCCGGAACAUGGGAAUGGACCUUUGUCGCCAGGAUAAAACAUGUGAAUAUUACUUUAGCAUAGAUGCAGAUGUYGUGCUAACAAACCCAAAAACUUUAAGAAUACUGAUAGAACAGAACAGAAAGAUAAUUGCUCCUCUCGUAACUCGUCAUGGGAAGCUCUGGUCCAAUUUCUGGGGUGCUUUGAGCCCAGAUGGUUAUUAUGCUCGAUCCGAAGAUUAUGUGGAUAUUGUCCAAGGGAACAGAGUAGGUGUAUGGAAUAUCCCUUAUAUGGCUAAUAUAUACUUAAUAAAGGGACAAACUCUCAGAUCAGAGAUGAAAGAAAAGAACUACUUCAUGCGUGAUAAGCUGGAUCCUGAUAUGGCACUCUGCAGGAAUGCCAGGGAAAUGACUUUACAAAGGGAAAAAGACUCCCCUUCUUCGGAAACAUUCCAUAUGCUCAGAGCCCCAAAGGGUGUUUUCAUGUACAUUACCAACAGACAUGAGUUUGGAAGACUUCUUUCUACAGCCAAUUACAACACCUCCCACUACAACAAUGACCUCUGGCAGAUAUUUGAGAAUCCUGUGGACUGGAAGGAAACUUACAUAAAUCCAAACUACUCAAAGAUCUUCACUGAYAACAUAGUAGAACAGCCAUGUCCAGAUGUGUUUUGGUUUCCCAUAUUUUCUGACACCGCCUGUGAUGAGUUAGUAGAAGAAAUGGAACACUUUGGGCARUGGUCUGGUGGGAAACACCAAGACAGCCGCAUUUCUGGAGGUUAUGAAAAUGUCCCAACYGAUGACAUUCAUAUGAAGCAAAUAGGAUUCGAUAAUGAAUGGCUGCAUUUCAUACGAGAAUUCAUUGCCCCAGUAACACUGAAAGUCUUUGCUGGCUAUUAUACCAAGGGCUAUGCUCUGCUGAACUUUGUUGUAAAAUACAGCCCUGACAGACAGCGSUCGCUCAGACCUCACCAUGACUCCUCUACGUUCACAAUCAACAUCGCCCUCAACAAAGUAGGAGAGGACUUUCAAGGAGGUGGAUGUAAAUUUCUUAGGUACAACUGCUCCAUCGAGUCUCCCAGGAAAGGAUGGAGCUUCAUGCACCCAGGAAGACUCACACAUUUACAYGAAGGACUUCCUAUCCUGAAUGGCACAAGAUACAUUGCAGUAUCGUUUAUUGAUCCUUAAUUUUAUUUCUUUGUCCUCUUCAACAGCAGUGUUCUUUGCAUAAACAUUUAUUUAUAGAUCUCCUCUGGAAGAUGGUGAUAAAAGAAACUUUUAAGUUACUGUUCUUACACAGCAGAGGUACUUUGGGCUAAAAGGAGGAAAACCAGAAAAUGUUCUAAUAUUUUUGAAGAUUCCUCCAUGUCUGCUCUGAGCCUUGAGUCCCAAAGUAAAAGUGUCCUACUUGUUUUUCCAUUCUGCUGUCCUAAAGAGUGAGUCAGGAGAGAAAAUGGAAA